GCUUCAUCUAUUAUAUAAGGCGAACAUUCAGAUGAUCAUGUACCUGUUCAUUUGGAUAUCUAUUCAAAAGCAGAUCUCAGCAUCAUGAAACUUUUAGUAGUUGCCGUGUGCCUGAUGGGUUUGGUGUGUGCGCAAGACAAUGACCCAGUGCUGUUCCGUAUUGCCCGCGCAGUCAGUGCCGUCAGCGACCAGGCUGCCACCGUGCUGCGCUCAGACUCAGUAGUCCAACCCGAUGGUUUCCAAUAUGGAUUCGAGACUGACAAUGGAAUUUCCGUGCAAGCUUCUGGAUCUCUGAAGAAAUUACCUGAAGGAGAAAGCUUGGUCAUACAAGGACAAUACCAGUACACGGCGCCUGACGGAACCCCUGUCCAGGUCAACUAUGAGUCUGAUGAAUCCGGAUACCAUCCUCAAGGCGCUCACAUUCCCACUCCCCACCCAAUUCCGGAGGCCAUCGCUCGCGCCCUGCAGUACAUCGAGGCCCACCCUCCCCCAGUUGAAAAGAGGCCUUAAGUCUGAACACGGACCUGACAACCAUAUACGAACUUAGCUACGGAACCAUGAGUACAAAUUAAAGAGUAACUCGAUGUUAUGGAAAUAAAGAGCAAAUAUAUAAUGUAAAUAAAAUCACAGUACCAUA